AUGAAGUUCUCCGCCGUCACCGUCGCUUGCCUGGCCACCGGGGCCUACUCUCGCUUCGCGGAGCCCCCUACUCGCGUCCUCGCGCGUGAUGUUGCCACCAUCACUGGCGCCGUCAACGCCGUCGGCCAGGGCAUCGAGAAGCUCGGUUCGGCUGUCAAGGGCUUCUCUGGCGACGCCAAGCCCGUCCAGGACUCGGCAGACAAGCUCAUCUCCUCCCUCAAGGACAGCGAGUCCAAGGUCAAGGGCUCCGACAAGCUGACCCUGACCGACGCCCUCGGUCUCCAGGAUCCCGUCAAGGCCCUCCAGUCCAAGAGCGAGACGCUCGUCUCGGACCUCAAGAGCCGCAAGCCCCAGAUUGAGAAGGGUGGCUUCUGCGACCUUGUCCGCGAAAAGGUCGGCUCCAUCAACUCGGGCUCCUUGGCUCUCAUCAAGGCCGUCGUCGACAAGGUCCCCACGGAGGCUCAGCCCAUUGCUGAGGGCCUCGCCAGCGGCCUCAAGAAGGUCCUCAACAGCGCCAAUGAGGAGUUCAGCAAGGAGAACUGCAAGAACUCUGGCGGCGGCAAGUCUUCCUCCGCUGCUGAGCCUUCCUCUCCCGCCACCUCUGCCGAGCCUUCCUCUCCCGCUACCUCUGCUGAGCCUUCCUCUCCUGCCUCUGAGGAGCCUUCCGCUCCCGCUACCUCUGUCGAGGAGACUUCGUCCCAGCCUACCGCUCCCGCCACGACUGGAGCCACCUACCCCAUCCCCAGCGGCCCUGCGAACCCUCCUACCCAGCCCACCGGCACUGGCGUUCCAACCGUUGUCCCUACCGGCCAGCCUCCCAUCGUCACCGCCGGCGCUGCCCUCGUCGCUCCCGCUGGCGCCGUGGUCAUGGCCGUCGCCGCCAUGAUGCUGUAA